AUGUGGUUGGGUGCAAUCCUACCAUGCUUUCUGUAUGGGUCUUUCUUCGUUCAAGGACUUUCUCUGAUUGACAGUCCUGAUCCUGAGACCAAACUGAAUGCGAAACAGCUCAUCCAGUAUUGGAACUUUUCGUUUGAGGAAUAUUACAUUACUACCAAAGAUGGCUACAUUCUCAAUGUUUUCAGAAUUCCGGAUGGCAGGCUAAACAAUGGAAGCACAGGUCCAAAGCCAGUUGUGUUUCUGCAGCAUGGCUUGCUGGUGGAUGCUUCCACGUGGUAUCAAAAUCUUCCUAAUAACAGCCUGGCUUUCAUACUAGCCGAUAAUGGAUACGAUGUCUGGAUGGGAAACAGCCGAGGGACAACGUGGUCCAGAAAUCACACGUCUCUUUCCCCGUUGCUCUGGGAGUUCUGGCAAUUCAGCUUUGAUGAAAUGGCUAAAUAUGAUGUUCCAGCAUGUGUAGACUUUGUUCUGGAGAAAACUGGGCAGCAACAACUGUAUUAUUUUGGCCAUUCACAAGGAACCACCACUGCUUUUAUAGCUUUCUCCUCCAAUCCAGAACUGGCUGCCAAAAUCAAGCUAUAUUUUUCUUUAGCUCCGGUUGCUACUGUGAAAGAUGCUGAAACGCCUCUAACCAAACUCGCAUUACUUUCUGAUACAGACAUCAAGGUCUUACUUGGAAUAAGAGAUUUUUUGCCCNGUUUCUGCAGCAUGGCUUGCUGGUGGAUGCUUCCACGUG